UUGACCCUGAUUAGCUUGUGAGAAUCAACAGGAUCACAGGACAUGCUGGUUUGACUGCAGAGACUCAGGGAAGUGUCUCCUUCAUUAACCAGAGUGACCAUAUGCCAUGCAGGUUAAGAGUAGCAGACACCUCUUUAAUUGAGGGUGACAAGUCUUUAAAAAGAUGAACAUCUAAUCUCACCUUCUUAUAUGACAGAAGAGCAUAGCAGUGACAAGAAAACAAGGGCAAACAUUGCUACUCUCCUGUAUGCAUAUCUGUCUUGAUAUGGAAUGUACCUUGUCCGUGGAAAACGCAAAACCUCCGUCAUUUGAAAGAACCCACAGUGUGAUCGAGAUAUUGUCAGACUCUCUAGUCUUCUCAGAACCAUAGAAUUACUAAGGUUGGAAAAGACCUUGAAGGUUAUGAAGUCCAACCAGUAACCCAGCACUGCCAUGCCACUAAACCAUGUCUUAAAGUGCUUUUCUUCAGACAAGUCAGGUUGAGUAGAGUGGCCUGUGGUCCAAAAAACCUGUAUUGAAAAUCCUUCUAACGCCUCUACUAUGGAUAUAAUGCUGAAUGCCACAGUCAGCAUGUUACUGGCCUGGUAAAGAGAAAUGAAUGAUGCACUGGCUUAACAAAAAUAGUAAAAGAAUGCAGGAUUUCCAGUGUUUUUCUGUUUCUAUGUUUUUCUAUCAAGUAAGGCAUUGUACUGUAAGACUGAUCACUACCAUUGUGUACACACCUGAAUCCAUGCCACAAUCAACUUCUCAAAUGUGUCUUGUGAGUAGUUAUUUCUACAGACCCAUGCAGCAGUGGGGCUUCCAGAAACAAGCUUAUGUAGAUUUGCUGCAGACUCUGUUUAUCCCUACAAGAGUUUUCAGCAGGAGCCACGCACUUACUAGCGGAUGGUUCUUGUCUGAAGAAACAGCUCUGGGAACUGGAACAAAUUAUCUGGGAAUCUGACAUCAAAGGAUCAACAGACAACGGAAUAAAUAUAAAAACAAAGAUUUUGGCCUAAAAAAAUUCCCCGAAACCACACUAAACUUAAAGCCCAGCAAGAGAGCUGCUUCCAUCUACUAGAGCCAAAAAAAAAAAAAAAAAAAAAAAAAAAAAAAAAAAAAAAAAAAAAAAAUUUACAACCAAGCAGCAAACUCUUCUAACACGGGUUAUAAAUCAGUUAAUCAGUUUGUUCUUGUCUCAGGCUGCUGGUGUUGAAAAGUAGAUGUAUGAGCUGGUAUGGGAAAAUGUGGGAUGAUUAAAAUGGCAUGAAAGUAUCCCAGAAUUUUAAUGGCAAAAGCCAUAGAUGCUGUUGAAGUUCCUAAUUUGUACUUGGACACGUUCAUUGUAGGCACUCUGUAGUUGUUUGAUUCAAAAAUUGCAAAACACAGCCUUAGGUGCCUCAGUGGUCCUUCUAAGUAACAUAAAGGACUAACAUCUUUUCAUUCACAUGGCUGGUAAGGAGCCAUCUUUAUUAUCAUUAUUACUAUUAGCAGCAGCGUUGUUAUUAUUAUUGCUAGUAUUUUACUUUGACAAUUUUUAUACCUUUUUUAUGAUGCUUUGCUAUGUGCUUAUGAAGAUUUACAGCCUUCCACAUUGCUGUAACUCCUCUCUUCUCUCCAGAAUCACACAGUGGACUCGUCAGAGACUGACAGGCAUCAGCGUAUUACUCCUUUAUUUAAAUAAAGAGGAUAAUGCCAUAGAGAUGAGUGGGAGCGGAUGCAGGGGACUGUGAAUUGAGUAGUGCAAGUGCUGAAGAAGGAGGUUUGUUUUGAGGAAACAGGAAAGAGGAAGAAAAGAGAAGGGAAAAAUACAUAAUUUUAAGGAAGAAGGAGAGGAAAAAAAACGGGGACUAUGGGGAGAAAAAAGAUUCAGAUUACAAGGAUUAUGGAUGAACGUAACAGACAGGUGACAUUUACGAAGAGGAAAUUUGGGUUAAUGAAGAAGGCUUAUGAGCUGAGUGUUCUGUGUGACUGUGAGAUUGCUCUGAUCAUCUUCAACAGCACCAACAAACUGUUCCAGUAUGCCAGCACUGACAUGGACAAAGUGUUGCUGAAAUACACCGAGUACAAUGAGCCACAUGAGAGUCGAACGAAUUCGGAUAUUGUUGAGACUUUGAGAAAGAAAGGACUUAAUGGCUGUGACAGUCCAGACCCCGAUGCAGACGAUUCAGUAGGUCACAGCCCUGAGUCUGAGGACAAGUACAGGAAAAUUAAUGAAGAUAUUGAUCUAAUGAUCAGCAGGCAAAGAUUAUGUGCUGUUCCACCACCAAACUUUGAGAUGCCAGUUUCUAUCCCAGUGUCCAACCACAACAGUUUGGUAUACAGUAACCCAGUCAGCUCCCUGGGUAACCCCAACCUUUUGCCACUGGCUCAUCCUUCUUUGCAAAGAAAUAGCAUGUCUCCUGGCGUGACACAUCGGCCUCCAAGUGCGGGUAACACAGGUGGCCUGAUGGGUGGAGACCUCACAACCGGUGCAGGCACCAGUGCAGGGAAUGGAUAUGGCAAUCCCCGCAACUCACCAGGUCUGCUGGUCUCACCUGGCAAUUUGAACAAGAAUAUGCAAGCAAAAUCUCCGCCUCCAAUGAAUUUGGGAAUGAACAACCGUAAACCAGAUCUCCGUGUGCUUAUUCCACCUGGCAGCAAGAAUACAAUGCCAUCAGUGUCUGAGGAUGUUGAUCUGCUUCUGAAUCAGAGGAUAAAUAACUCCCAGUCUGCUCAGUCAUUGGCUACUCCAGUGGUUUCCGUAGCAACUCCUACUCUACCAGGGCAAGGGAUGGGAGGAUACCCAUCAGCCAUCUCAACAACAUAUGGUACUGAAUAUUCUCUGAGUAGUGCAGAUAUAUCAUCUCUCUCUGGGUUUAAUACAGCCAGUGCUCUUCAUCUUGGCUCUGUGACUGGCUGGCAACAGCAGCACCUACAUAACAUGCCACCAUCUGCCCUCAGCCAAUUGGGAGCUUGCACUAGCACUCAUUUAUCUCAGAGUACAAAUCUCUCCCUGCCUUCUACUCAAAGCCUCAACAUCAAGUCAGAACCUGUUUCUCCUCCUAGAGACCGUACCACCACACCCUCGAGAUACCCACAGCAUACGCGCCAUGAGGCGGGGAGAUCUCCUGUUGACAGUUUGAGCAGCUGUAGCAGUUCCUACGAUGGAAGUGACCGAGAAGACCACCGGAACGAAUUCCACUCCCCCAUUGGACUCACCAGACCUUCGCCGGACGAAAGGGAAAGCCCCUCUGUCAAGCGCAUGCGGCUCUCCGAAGGAUGGGCGACAUGAUAACAUUAUUUACUUAUUAGUUGUUUAUUUGUUUUGUUUUUUUUCCUUGCAGUGUGUGUGCUAUACCUUAAUGGGGGAGGGGGGCGGGGGGGUCGAUAUGCAUUUUAUGUGCCGUGUGUGGAAAAAAAAAAAAAAAAAAAACCAAGAAAAAAAGAAAAAAAAAGUCAGGUACUCUGUUUUGUAAAAGUACUUUUAAAUUGCCUCAGUGAUACAGUAUAAGGAUAAACAGAAAUGCUGAGAUAAGCUUAGCACUUGAGUUGUACAACAGAACACUUGUACAAAAUAGAUUUUAAGGUUAACUUCUUUUCACUGUUGUGCUCCCUUGCAAAAUGUAUGUUACAAUAGAUAGUGUCAUGUUGCAGGUUCAACGUUAUUUACAUGUAAAUAGACAAAAUGAGAACAUUUGCCAGAAAUGGCAGAUCUUUACUGAGAGAGAAAGCAGCUGUUAUGCAACAUAUAGAAGAAGAAAAAAAAUGUACAGAUGUUUUGACAGACCCAGAGGUUGGGUGGCCAUGAAUUGAUGCUGGAAAGAACCUGGGUCACCUAACGUGCUGAAAAUGCUCACAAACAUGCAGGCAUAUCAUCAGAGUAUGGCGCUCAUUUAAAAAGGAUCAAAACAUUUGGAGAGGACCAUACUUGUAAAAGUGUUGAGUUCGAGGACUAACAUAUUUAAUUUUAAAAAGUCUGGGUCUGCAAUCACUUAUUAAAUAAAAUUUUAAAAAAAGUAUAAAAAUAUGUACAUUACAUUUUGCUUAUUUUCAUAUUAAAAAGUAAGACAGAGUUUGCAAAGCAUUUGUGGCUUUUGUAGUUUCCUUAAGCCAAAAUGUGUUCUUUUUCCCUUGAUAGCUUCGCUGAUCUUUUAAACAGUCCUGAAGAUACAAACAAAAAGGACUUUUUGUAUAGAAAGCACUACCCUAAGCCAUGAAGAACUCCAUGCUUUGCUAACCAAGAUAACUGUUUUCUCUUUGCAGAAGUUUGGUUUUUGAAAUGUGUAUUUCUAAUUAUAUAAAAUAUUAAGAAUCUUUUAAAAAAUCUGUGAAAUUAACAUGCUUGUGUAUAGCUUUCUAAUAUAUAUAAUAAUUAUGGUAAUAGCAAAAGUUUUUGUUAUCUUAAUAGUGGGGAAUUAUAUUUGUGCAGUUGCACAUUUAACUAUUUUCUUUCAUCUUUCUUUUACUGGGUAUACAUUUUACAGAUCUAAGUCAGUCAUUGAAAGACUUAUCUGUAAAAGUUAGAGCUUACCCACGGUGUAACAACUUAAACCAUUUUAAUACAGCAUUUUGCAAUCAGUUGGGUGAACUGCGAUCCAUUGUAUAUACUGAUUAGUUCUUUCAUGCUGUUUUGUGCAUUGUAACAAGUUAAGGGCCCUUCUAUUACUUAAUGUCCUGCGUAUCUUGUAGUUUUCCGUGGGGUAAGUGGCAAAGUGGCAUAACUUGGCCCUUUCUCAUUAAUGAAGCUGGUAUUCUGCCUGUCAGAAUUGUAUGUACAGCUCUAACGGCCGUCAGUUAUGUGAGUGCAGAUGAAUAUUUGCAGAAGCAGUAGGGAGAGCUAAAGGGAGGAGACAUGCCUGUUGUAAAGAUUACUCCCCUCUCUCACAAAUCUAAAACUCAUAGAGUGAUUAUCAAUUAAAAGGCCAUCCAAAAGUUGAUUGAUCUUACACAACUAUUAUUGGCCAUCAGGUCCUGGGUUCACAUGGACCUCUGCGGCCACCUCAUCUCACAGUGGGCACGUUGUUGAGCAAUGUUCCCUAUGUGUUUGCACUCAAACAGGAUUUGCUUCAGCAUAUGGCAUCCACAUUUUCUCCUGCCACAUAUUGGUCUUUUGAGUAAAACAGCUUGACUUGAGGGAAUGUAUCCUUUCUUUAAGUCCCUCCUUGUCCCCCCCCUUGUUUAGAAGAAUUUAGUUUGUUAGAAGAAAAAUGGUAUAUUCAAAUGUUUCAGUUAAACCUUUUUGUUGGAGCGAAAAAAAGUGUUUAAGCAAAAUGUUAGUGCUGUAGUAAAACUGUAAUAUUUCUCCUUGUUCCAAAAGUCCUUCCAACUCUCACCUACAUACAUUGACACUAUGAUGAAGGAGACAGCUGCGACAGUGAAAGAUCAAUGCAGAAUGUGUUGUGAAGGGAAGUCCACAUUCAGUUUCCCAUGUACACAAACAGAUGCUGUACACUGCUCAGCAAUGGAGUGUGCCUCUCUGUAGUAGGGAACGAUGAACAGACGACAGUGUGCAUUAGGGCAUACACUUUUCACUAACCAUGAUUUAAAAGAAGCCUGCCUUACAGGCACUUUCAGCUGUGCAGGGGCUAGUGCAUAACCUUGAAGCUCUUUAAGCAGAAUACUGUGCUACUGAUGCAUCCAUCUUAUCUCAUGUAGCAGUUUGCAGGGUAAAGAAGAUACGCAUGUUUUAAUUUUUAAAAAAACAUCAACAACAACAAAAACACACAAAAAAAAAAGGAAAAAAAAAGGCACAAAAAAAAACAAACAAAAAAAUUUAAAAAAACUCAAAAAACACAAAACAACAACAAAAAAAAGUCAGAUGGGGCCCAUAAUUAAUUUUAAAACACACACACAGGAAAAAAAAACUGUUUUCAAAACCACUUUCUUCACCUUCAGAUCAACUUAUACUCAUAUUCUCUUCUGAGAAUUUUAAACUUUGGUGUGUAAAAGAUAUGCAAAUAGAUCACAAAUGUACCUUGUCAUUUCAAGAAAAAAAAUUACAACUUUAUCAGUAUUGUAGUAGAAACUUGUCAGUGGGGAAGGGGAUUUGGUCUAUUGAUGUAUGAAGAAUAGCCAUAUUAAUAGUUUACCUUGCGAUUUGCCUCAGCAACGCAUGAAAAAAAUGAGAGAUACCAUAUUUAAACGAAGAUGCAGUGUAAUAUAUUACUGCAAUUAACUAAGCAGAAAAUAGCGUGAAAAGUUAUUGCCUGGGCAAUUUAUAUUAAACUCUGACAGUGAUUUUUUUUAUAUAAAACACAAGUAGAACAGAAUCACGUGAAAAUAAAAUGCCAGUCGUCCCUCUUGUUCCUGCUGCAGAGGGCAAACUAACUUAAAGCGGGCUGGCAAAAUUGUGGGGGAUAAUGCAUAUUUGCAAACUGAUCUAAUGAUAAGAAGCACAACUUUGAUUGUGAAGUCACUUUCUGUAAACUAUAACUGUCUACCUUUCUUGUUCCUUUAUCUGUACCUUACCAUUUAUUGUAUUUGCAAAGCUAAUUUGGGUUUAUUGUGUGAUUCCUUUGUAUUUAAGGAGUUUGGGGCAGAGCCCUGAAAGAGUAUUAACAUUUACUUUACCUUAACCCAUGCUAUAUAAUGUUUUAGGCAACAUUCUUAAUUGUAAGUUCAAACACCUGAAGUGGCAUUCUAGACAUCUGCAAGUAUUGUUAUAGCUAAGCUAACCUCUAUUUAAAAGGUGUUGUCGGUUAGUGUUUAAUUGCUGGUGACAAUUAUAUGAUAUACCCUACCUGCACAACCUGUAUAUUGUAUGCAUUGAGCCAUUCGCAGUAAAGCUUUUGUCAUUUCAGUGUUUUUCAAAAGUUGUGUUUUAUAACAAAAUGGCUUAUAUUUUUCCCAGAAGAGGAAUUUAGCAGUUUUUAAUGAAUAAUACAAAAAAAAAUAUCUGUUGUCCACAGAUCUUUUUCAGGUAAAGCUAGCGUAAGAGUAAAAGAACUCAUAGACUGUUUUCAAGGAUGUCAACCCUUUUGUAUUGUAUGUGUUAUCCUAUAUACCCUCUUUUAUCUAUAGUCCUAACAGAGCUGUUUUGUUUUCCUUCUUCCUUCGCCUUGAAGGUAAAUGCUUUGUAAUUUUUUAAAAGCCACUUGAAACCUCAAUAAAGGCUGUUGCCUAAACAUGGCAUACUUCAUCUGUUCCUGUUUGUGCCAUCUGCUGUGAUGUCGUCAGUUAUAUGGCAUUAAUUUCCUGCCACUACAAGUCUCUUGAAGGACUGAUGGAACAUUGGUGUCUGUUAGAAUGCUUCAGACUGUAGAUGUAAUAAAAGGCUUUUGUUAAUAUAUUUUAACCAAAGAUGUGGAGCAAUCCAAGCUUUGAGCCACAGACUUUCUGCAUCAAAAUAAUUCAUUUCAUUAUUUUCAUAAUCAGGUGUUGCAUUUCUACCUUCCCUUUUCAUACCUCAGACUGAUCUGUACCUCAGUUUGAUUCAAAAAUGGUCAGUUAACUAACUCAUUAAAAUUUAAAAAAAAAAAAAUUAAAAAAAAUAAAAAAGAAGAAACAAAAAAGAAACAAUGCAGUACUAGAGUCUUUUGUGGAGUAACUUAUAUCAGACCUGGGUUACUGCAGGCAUUACACUUGGAUUGCUUCAGAUGGUUUGUUGUAUCCUUUUAUUUUUUUUUUAAACUUUUUUUUUCUUCUCUUUCAUGGGGAUUUGCUUCCAUAAAACAAUGGUGAUAACAAAAUAGCUUGUAAAUGGGAGCAUACAAGCAUUUGCAACAAAUAUUAAAGUAGAGGCUCACAGCGGCAUAAGCUGGACUUUGUCGCCACUAGAUGACAAGAUGUUAUAACUAAGUUAAACCACAUCUGUGUAUCUCAAGGGACUUAAUUCAGCUGUCUGUAGUGAACAAAAAAAUGGGAAAAUUUCAAAAGAUUCUCCUGCUGGAAAUAAGGUAUAAUUUGUAUUUUGCAGACAAAUCAGUAAAGUUACUGGCUUUCUUAGUGA